AUGGAGAUAACACUUUCCCUUUCUUCAUCUUCAGUUAUUCCAACUAGGCUACCAAUCUCUUCAUCCUAUUCCAAUUUAUCCUUCUUAGCUUCCAACUCCAACACUUCCUCAUUUCUCUUGAAGAAAGCCAGAAUCAAAACCAGAACAACAAAGCGUUUCACCUGCAAUGCCUUCUUCGGUCUAGGCGUGCCUGAGCUUGUUGUUAUUGCAGGAGUCGCUGCUCUUGUUUUCGGUCCCAAGAAAUUGCCCGAAGUCGGUCGCAGCAUCGGUCAAACUGUCAAAAGCUUUCAACAGGCAGCAAAGGAAUUUGAGACAGAGCUAAAAAAGGAACCAAAUUCCACAGAAGAAAUCUCUGUUGCGAGUGAGCAAGAGAAGCAAGACAUUAAGGUUUCUAGUACAAAGGAUAAUGUAUGA